UCGUCGUUGUCGCUGCCGUUGAAGUCGUCGCUGCUGUUUGUCGUUCGUCAUUCUAUAUCGAUGUGUCGCUGCAGACGGUGCACGGAACGUAACAAAACACAGCAAAACAGAAAACUGUGCUGCACCUUAGUGUUUAGUGCUCCUCAUCGGCGCGUGCGUAACUGGCAAAUAACUUGCAUUGACCAUACAAUCCCUGCCUGAUUAAUGACCAGAUUCGCGUGUGAUCGUUGUUCGUAACUAGUUUGCACACUUUUAAGCCAGCUGCAGUUGUCUUCUGUGUGUGUGUGUGUGUGUGUGUGUGGCAAAGUGGCAGCUAGUUGACCAAAAACAAAUCAAAUAAGUAAAUAAAUAUUUGUGGCACGAAAAUUUCAAUUCAAUUAAGUGCAACAUGUCGAUGUUGAAUCUCUCUGCGGCGAUUGUAGAGACAGCCACCGCAAUGGCAACGGUAAAUAACACGGCCGCUUUGACGGCAUCUCAAGCGUUGUACAACAAUCGCAAGAGAUUGAUACUGAGCCUGAUUGUGAUGGGACUCGGAGUGUUGGGAAAUUCGUUGGCCCUUAUUAUUUUGGCGCGUAAAAAGCACAACAAAAACAGCAAAUACACGUUCAUGUUGCGCUGCCUGGCCACAAACGAUUUGAUUGGGUUGCUGGGCACGUUAACGACAGCAUUGGUCAAAUACCAUUACCAGGACGAGGAGUUGCCCUUUAUAGUCAGGCUUGACUGUAUCGGACAUGUUGUGUGGCGUUUCUUUGGCGUCAGCUCUGGCUGCAUUGCAGCUGUUAUGGCUGCCGAACGUUGCAUGGCUUUGGCGCGUCCUUUUAUCUACCACAAACAUAUCACUUACGAGUUGAUCUUAAAGUGCAUUGUAAGCAUUUUAGUUGUGGCUUUGAUUGUGACAUUUUUGCCAUUCUUUGGCUUUGGCGCCUACAUCGAUGAAUCGAAUCCCGAUCAAUUGAAAUGCAUACGCUAUAGAGAUGCGCCUGGAAUUGUCAACAAAUCCUACUCCAUAUUCUUUAUGGCAUUUGGCAGCUUGUUGUGUGUGCUGAUCGUGGCCUGCAAUUUGUUUGUGGCCCGCGUCUUGUGGAUCAUUGGCCAGAGUCGCACCACGAAGAACCACUCGCAGUAUCGCAUGGUGAACCAGAAGAGCGUGCGCACCAUCGAUCCAGAGAGCAGCAGUGGAACCACACUCUACCAGGCGCAGUACAGCACACAUCACAAUGCGCCGCCACCGCGACAAUUUCAUCACAGCAACAGCGUCACGAUGACGUCGUCCACAUCACCCGAUGAGAUCAAGUUUGCCAAGCUCAUGGCGAUACUCAGUCUGUCGUUUGUGGUCUGCUGGAUGCCACAGAUGAUUGCCAUUCCCUUGGCUAUACGUGAGAAUCGCGUGCCCAAAUCGCAUGUCUUCUUCAUGAUAGCCGAUGUUCUGAUGGCGAUUCAUUUCACACUCGAUCCUUACAUUUAUGUGCUGACGCGCACCAAGAGCAUCAACUGGUCGCUCAUCAGUUGCAUCAAGCGUUGGCGUUGCGGUUGGCGUGGCGGUCGCCUGCAGCGUUCCCAGAGCGAUCAGAGUCGCAUUCGCACCACGACAACGGAGCAGAAUACGCUCGACUUCAACUGACUGCGGGCCCUUUGCAUUCGUAGCUCAGCGACGAGUACUGUAUGCGAUAAUGGAUGAAAAGAAAAACACAAGUAUCUCAAUGCUGUGGACACAUUCCUUUGAGCCAAAGGAGCUGCCUGUCCCCCCAUAAGCCAUAUAACCAUUACCAUUACCAUAUCAGGGCUGAAAAAAACAUACUCCAUUACGUGAACAAACGCGCCCCCAUCCAAAUGUCCAAGUGUCCCUAAAGCACCGUUCACAUAAUCUCAACAAAUCUGCACACAAUUUGUACAAUAAUUAUGAAUUAAUAUAUUAAUAGUACUUACUACGAAUUAAAAUAAAAUGUAAUCUA